CCGCUGCAGAAUUACGAUGGCGCUGCUUACGUAGAAAUACGCGCGAAAAUUAUUUUCGAUCAGUGGAGUGUAGAUCUGGUCGAUUUGCCGGAUUUUUUGUAACUAGCUAUGGAAUGGAUUGCGUGCAUCGAUAAAAGGCCGUGCGAUCGAAAUGUGAAAGACGUGGAAUUAAUUUGUGCUCGUUUUAGACGCGUGGAACAACUGUGUCGACUUCCGAAUUCUUUGCUCCAACAAUUGGCCCUUUGUGGAUAUUACGAAGAUCUUGAGAAAGGAGUAACACUUUUUCGUCAAGGCGAUACUGGAAAAUGCUGGUACGCUGUGAUGUCUGGUACAUUGGAGGUUCGAAUGAAUCAACCUGAAACUGAUACAAAGAAUCCAAUAGCUCUAUGUACAUUAGGAAUCGGCGCUACAUUUGGUGAAUCAAUCCUUCAGGAUUUACCGAGAGACAGCACAGUCGUUACUCAAACAACCUGCGAGCUUUUAAGGGUUGAACAGCACGACUUUCGGCUAAUUUGGGAGAAAAAUAAAGAGCUUAUGAGUGACUUGGUAUCAAACUGCAAGUUGAAAAAUGGUUUUGGAACCGCAAUAAUGAAUGCGAAGGGAGGUAUGCAGCCUAUAUCACCUCCUCAACCUAGGAGAUCGAAUUCACCGGAUCAAUUGAACCCUGCUGAACCAAUUACAGAUGCACCCAGUGCCACUAUGGGUAGGAUAGGAUGGGCUCUGAGAACUUUGUUAUUGUCGCAGAAUACCUGUCUGAAAGAUCGGAAAGUAUCCGGUAGAUUAGUAAGAAGAUGUGCUCCAGGGACCGAAUUAGUAGAUUGGCUUCUUAGUCUCUCACCAAGUAUUCAAACAAGGGCUCAAGCAGCUGGUAUGUGGCAAGCCCUUCUGGAAGAGGGAGUCAUUUCACACGUGAAUAAAGAGCAGCCCUUCAAGGAUAAAUGUUUUCUCUACCGAUUUUGGCAAGAUGAAGAGGGAGCCACAGCAUUACCGCCCUUGGAAGAUAUCGCAACAGCUGAAGAGCAAAUUCAAGACUCCUUAGGGAUACUUAUACAUAAAGGACCCGACGCCGUCCUCAGAAUGAUACUUAGAAAACAAAGUCACGAACGAACUGCUGAAGAUCAAGAGACAAUCUAUGAAGAAUUGCUUCAUAUUAGAGCUUUAGCACAUCUAUCUAAUUCUGUCAAAAGAGAAUUGGCUUCAGUAAUAGUUUUCGAAGCUCAUCCAAAAGCGGGAACUGUGUUAUUUCAUCAAGGCGAUGAAGGAAGGUCGUGGUAUAUCAUAGUUCGGGGUUCUGUGGAUGUAGUUAUUCAUGGUAAGGGAACGGUUAACACGCUUCAUGAAAGUGAUGAUUUUGGAAAGUUAGCUCUUAUAAACGACGCACCGAGGGCUGCAACAAUAGUUUUAAGAGAAAAUAACUGCCACUUCUUACGGGUCGACAAAGAGAACUUCAAUAGAAUUCUUAGAGACGUAGAAGCUAAUACAGUACGACUCAAGGAACAUGGAAAAGAUGUAUUAAUAUUAGAAAAAAUUAAUUGUAAUACUAAGCAAGUAUUUUCUUCCCAUUAUAAAUAUACUGUGAUGGCGGGUACUCCGCAAAAAAUGCUGGAGCAUCUCCUAGAAACAAGACUGGAUGGCCGCGGACCAGGAGGAGCUGGGGAUAAUUUCAUAGUUACCGCGCAAGAUCCCUUCCUCGAUGACUUUCUCCUUACGCACAUUGUUUUUUUACCAACGCAUCAGCUAGUUGACGAACUGGACAAAUAUUAUAGAAUAGAGUUCACGAAUCAAGACCGAGAAUUUGUAUUGGCGUGUAAAAGAAGAGUAAUUCAAUUUGUGUAUAGAUGGGUAACGACAGUCAGACAUCCGCUUUUCGAGGACGAUAUAGCUGUAGACUUUCUCGAGGAAAUAGCUAAUGAGCUUGAAAAUGAUUCUUCUCAAUAUGAUGCUUUGCAAGAAGAAGCGGCUUUAAUGCACCAUGUUAUGACGCAAUUAAGAAGGUAUAACGAGGACCGCAAAGCACACGAAGGGCAGAAAUGGAAGUUACCGCCUCUCGGCCAACCGAUAAGCCUUUUUAGCGCUGGUGACGACAUGAGCAGAACGAUCAUAAUGCCUCAGGAUGACAUUAUAUUUCGCGUAUACUGUGCCGAUCAUACUUACUGCACUUUACGUUUACCAGUAGACACUACCGCUGAAACCAUUAAAUUAGUAGCUGCCGAAAAACUGAAGAUGAGACCAAGUGACGAACUAUUACUCGUUGAAGUGAAGUCCAAUGGAGAAAGAGUGGUAUUUAAAGAUAAUGAUAUUAGUAUUCCCACUGCUUUGUCCUUAAAUGGAAGGAUAUUCGUUUCUCCAAAGGAUCAUUUAGAUGCAUUGACUUGUCUUAAUGAACAAGAAGAACCUACUCAGGGAAUUGAUGGAGAUCUCGAAAUGUUCAGCACAAAAGAGCUGGCUUACUACAUCACACUUUUCGAUUGGGACUUAUUUUGGUGUGUUCAUGAAUACGAACUUUUAUACCACACAUUCGGCAGACACCAUUUUGGCCAAAUAACAGCAAACUUGGAUGUUUUCUUAAGAAGAUUUAAUGAAAUACAAUUUUGGGUGGUGACUGAAAUUUGUAUGACUGGUAGUCUAAGUAAAAGAGUAGCAAUAUUGAGAAAAUUUAUAAAAUUGGCAGCUUAUUGUAGGGAAUAUCAGAAUCUCAACGCAUUUUGUGCUAUUGUAAUGGGUUUAAGCAACGUUGCCGUAUCUCGUCUUUCCAACACGUGGGAUAAGCUGCCCUCGAAAUUUCGAAAACUUUUCACCGAAUUUGAAUCAUUAAUCGAUCCGAGUCGUAAUCAUCGAGCAUAUAGGGUGAGUGUCGGGAAAAUGCAGCCACCUGUUGUACCGUUCAUGCCUUUACUCUUGAAAGAUAUGACUUUCACGCACGAAGGUAAUAAAACUUGUUUAGAUGGGCUCGUUAAUUUCGAAAAAAUGCACAUGCUUGCUCAAACUAUGAGGACCAUAAGAUUUUGUAGGAGCAGACACUUAGUUUUGGAUCCGCCGUCUCCAAGAGGUGAAGGAGAAGUAAAAUCGUAUAUAUCAUGCCUAAGAGUAAUAGACAAUCAGAGGGUACUUACGAGUCUUUCGCAAAAAUUGGAACCAAGAAGAUCGUAAAUAAUAGAUUUCAUAUUCACAAUCAAUAUUGAAUAGCAUCGUAAUUUUAAGUAAUUCUUGUCCAUUUUAUAUCCAUAUUUCAAUAUUUAACUUUUAUGCACACAUUUCCGCUCAGGCAUAUUCUAUUUAUUAAUGAUACAAUUAGAAUCAAUAUCUUGUAUUGCAAAAUAUUUGUACUGUAGUCAAGUCGUCGGCACAUAAAACGAUGUUUAAAAAUAUUAUUCCAUUUAACUCUUAUGAAAUACUAAACCAUAAUCAAAAUGAAAAUAUUAUUGAAUUUUAUUUAAUACUGUGUUCCUCGUAUUGUAGAGAAUAAUAUUUUUCUUUAAUAGUUGUAUUCUCAUAUUAAAUUUAGAAAGUUUUUGUUCCAUUUAAUAAAUUUGUAAAUUUUU